CUUUCAUUUUCCCGCUUGACAGCUCUUGCUUUGCGCAUGCGCCACAACUCGAGCCCCAUAAACAUGACAAUAUUUUCAACUGUUCCUUCCUGUUACUGAAGACUUCCACGAUGGUGACAGGAAUCAUUUUGUUUGGACUCCUGACGACAUUUGUUCGUGCGUCCGGGGUUGCUGAUGUGGUUCUGUCGUGUGAGUUCAUUGAGGACUCGGUCAGAGUCCAAGGAGGUUCUGUCUUUGCCAGAACUCCAUCCACUCUCAUCUUGAAAGAUGUCACCGUUGCUUCCGAUGAUGAAUCGCUGGAAGCACUCACCCCGUUUGUUCCACCGUUCAAGCAGGAUCCAGAUCUCAUUUUGUUUGAGACCAAAGCGUCAUCCUUCGAGAUUCCCAAUGUGGAGUUGCUACUCCAUGCCGACUGCAACGAGCAGGAAGUGAUGUGUGAAAUAACGUCUUAUACCCCCCACGGUUCAAAGAAGGAAUCGGGAUCUGGUUAUUUCAUGGUGUCCAUCGACGUGGAAGGUGCUGACUUCAGUGCUAUGUUGAUCCUCCACACUUUACCCGUGGUAAUGGACCAAUCGACACUGAUACAAAGCACACUGAACCUGCCCAUGAGCCAUGCUGGAACGCUGUUGACUGAUGUACCCUUUUUGGUGUUUUCCACCGUCAAGACUCCAUCUGUGCCUCUGAGAGGCAACUGCCUCCUUGGCUGUGGUUUUAGAUACGUAGAGGCAUUGCCCGAUGAGGAAGUGCACAUUGAGUGGCGACAGCAGCAUCGAGGACAAGGUCGGAAAAUCCUCACGAUGAAGACUAAGCUGAAUGAUCCAGAAGGGAGCACGGAGGUGCAUCAUGACAGAGAGGAAUCCAGUGUGGAUGCUUUCCAGGUUGUUGGUCAAGGAAACGCAUCUGUGACCCUGAACAAUUUAAAGGUGACGGAUGAGGGCGCCUACAUCUGCUCUGUAUCUUUAGGUCCUUUCCAUGGCCAGCAGGUCGUUAAUCUCCGGGUCGUUCAACCCCCCAUUGUUUCUCUCUCGGAGACAAAGUUGGUUCUAAAGGCGAACACCCCACAGACUGUAAGGUGCCAUUGUAGUAAAUACUUCCCUCUGGAUGCUCAGGUGGAAUGGUUGUCGCGCUCGCUAACAAACAAGGAGCCCACCAUCUUCCCCGAUCAAGGCUUCCUGUCCAGCCACCGGAAGCACGGCGACGGCACGUAUACACUCUCAUCCCGCCUCAUUGUGCCCUCCAGCGUCCCCCACGGAACUGAAAUCAUCUGUAAGGUGUCACACCCAGCUCUGGAUGCUCCUCUUUUUGUUAGUGUACUGGUCGAACACCAGGAAGCAGAUGACUACUGGUGGGUGCUGUGCUUUCUUUUUGUCACUGUGCUUUUCUUCUACCAGCUCCUUAAAUAAUUACAUAGUCACUGUUUCACUUUGUUACACUUUUACUAGAUUUUAUUUGACUUGAAUGAAAACUCGGGUUAAGGUCAUUAUCUGUACUUUGCAUAGAGAUUUGAUGGUUUUUGUGCACUACUGUUUGGGUUUAAAUAAGCAAGUAAGAGUGAAUAAAUUAUUGUGUAAAUGGUUUAGUUUACUUUGAACAUCCAUCCAUACAUUUUCUAAGCCGCUUAUCCUCACGAGGAUUGCGGUCCAUGCUGGAGCCUAUCCCAGCUGUCUUCGGGUAUUCGCCCCUGAUAUUAAUAAGAACGUACCAAUACGCCAUCCAUCCGUUCAUUCAUUUUCUAUACCUCCCGUCCUCAUUAGCGUCAAGGGCAUAUACUGGAGCUUAUCCCAGCUGACUGGUCGCCAGCCAAUCACAGGGCACAUAUAGACAAACAACCAUUCACACUCACAUUCAUACCUAUGGACAAUUUGGAGUCGGUAAUUAACCUAGGGGUGGCACGGCGGUCGAGUGGUUAGCGCGCAGACCUCACAGCUAGGAGACCAGGGUUCAAUUCCACUCUCGGCCAUCUGUGUGUGGAGUUUGCAUGUUCUCCCCGUGCAUGCGUGGGUUUUCUCCGGGUACUCCGGUUUCCUCCCACAUUCCAAAAACAUGCUAGGUUAAUUGGCGGCUCCAAAUCGUCCAUAGGUAUGAAUGUGAGUGUGAAUGGUUGUUUGUCUAUAUGUGCCCUGUGAUUGGCUGGCGACCAGUCCAGGGUGUACCCCGCCUCUCGCCCCAAGACAGCUGGGGCGACCCUCGUGAGGAAAAAGUGGUAGAAAAUGAAUGAAUGAAUGUUUUUGGCAAGUGGGCGUCCUCCACACAAAGCAGAGAUCCGCACCCCUCGAUCGCCAUCAUGCUAACUAACCACUGGGCCAUCAAUAUAGCAUAUAAACUAGAUUUUUUUUUUUAAAAGGCGAUAUUACGUCUUUUAAAAAUAAUUCAGACAACAGUUGCAUUGUUAUCGUCUUUUAUUGGCAUCAGCAAAAUGGACAGGCAUGCAUUUCUUUUUUUUGCAAACAGUUGCACCUUUUCUGCAUUUUCACUCUGUAAUUCUGUCACCCAAAAUAAUAUUUUUGCACACUAUCAUUUGAAUUUUUCAUUAGCUACAUUUGUGCAGAAAUAACUCACAAUUAGUCUUAAUAAAUUAAAAUAAAUGCCUCUAUAAAUCAUCUUAACAACCCCCUCCACCAAAAAAAAAAUGCAUGUUAAUGUUCUCAAUGCUACAUAAUGUUAACAGUUCAAAGUUGUGUUUGGCACUGGUGAGCGUUGUGGCUUUGCAAAAGCUUCACUUUGUUAUUAUUAUUAUUAUUAUUAUUAUUAUUAUUGGAUCAGGGGGACAUUAAAUGUCCAUAAACCUGCUGACGAGAGCAAAAUAUACAGUCGUCGUUAGAUAAAGAAAGCAUGGAUGCACAAGUGUUGCUAUUAGGGAGAAAACUACCGACAAGGAUGGCCAUGCAAAUAGGAAACAAUCAGCUCACCUUGGCCUACUUUGUGUUAUUGUGUCAAGUUAAGCAAUAAAACACUCCACAAGAACUACAAGCGAGAAAUAGUGAAUUUCUGAGCCUAUAAAUGGAUUAAAAAGAAGUACGGAAUCCUGACUUGAAUCUGUUCUGUACAAAGCUAUCAGUGUGAUUCUCCACAUUCAUCCGUCUAUGGCUGUUAAAGUACUUUGCAUUGCAAUUCAGCGGUCCAAUCAGCUUUGGAGAUUGUCUCUUUUAAGUGGCUCAAAUUUUGCUCAAGUUUCAGAUACGCUCCCGUAGAAGAGUUUUUUUUUUUUGUAUUAGUAGGCUGCAAUUAGUUAGGCUCAUCACUUUACAACAAAAGAACAAAGUUAGUGUUCACAACAAUAACAAUAAGCUUGGUACUGGUAAUCAUCACAUCGACCCGUCUUCCUUCUUCUCAAUAAUUCAUGGCAUGAACAUUUAAACCAAAACAAAACAGUUUCCAUAAUAUGUGAUGAGGAGGAGGAGGGGGGUAAAAAUCUCUCUCUUUCUCUCUGUCAUCCAUCCCAUAACAUUCGCAAGUCCAUAUCCACCUUUAGUGAUGGGCGGCCCUUAGUAGAAGAAGUACACUGCAAAUAGCGAGGAAGAGAGGAAGUCAUUAGUGUAAUGGCCCCCCCGUCUUGCAAAGCAUCCGAGCCUCAACCACUAAAAAAAGCCAUAAACACUCACACAAAAGAUUCCUUUUUAUAUUAUAUAUUUUUAUAUUUAUAUAAUAUGUUUAUAUUAUGUGUGAUAUGUGUAUGUGAAUGCUAAUUUCCCAUAUUUAUCUGUAUUUGCAGUAUAGUUGGUGUGAAUGGGCAGACAAAUAAUGACGUAUAUACAGGUAUGUGGACAUAAAUGGACACGCAUACUUGCAUUAUUAUCUCAGGUGUACCUAAUGAAGCGACCAGUUGGGUAUAUUAAUUAAAUCUGUAUACUACACUGAAGAGUAUAUUGUACUCACAGAAUAUUAUCCCCACGACAAUGACUCCAAUAAUCCCCAUCAUGAUCAUCAUCUGAAAUAAGAAGACAUCAUCACUUUGUCGUCAGUGUUAAAAAAAAACAAAACAAAAAAAAGAGCCACCCUUAAAACGUUGCCCCACCUUGCAGUUUUUCCACCAGUACUUGUUCUUCAGCUUGGCUGCGCAGCUCUCAAACUGCGACGCCCCGGCUUGGAGCGCAUCUGCUCUGUCAUCCAGCUCUGAGAGCUUCUGGUCCCUUUCCAGAACCUUGUCCACAUUUACCCUCAUGAUGUCCACCACCUUCAUGACAACACAUUUCAUAUUCUUCAAAUAUGAAGAAUUGGAAGUGGCAUUUAUUGUUUUGAUUCUUUCUGUGCCGUACCUCCUCCACUUGGGCCUGCGUCUGCUGUAGCCUACGGUUGCUGGAGGUGUUGGGUGGCCCGGCAGGUGGGCCGGCCGGGGCGCCAUCUGCACCGGGAGCUCCUGGAGCACCGGGGGCUCCACCUGGGGCGGCAGCAUCUGGGGCGGACCUAGGGAGAUAGGAGGAAGAGGGAUUCAGAAAGUGAAUGAAAUGCAUGGAAUUGAUCAUCAAUUAGGAGUCAAUGAACACCGAAAUUCAAAUUAAAACCUAAACUCCACUCUCACUGGUCAACACAUUAGGUACACCUGCAAUUCAAGACAAUUCUGCAUUUGCAAAGGUAAUAAUACCAACUUGCAUAUAUGUUUAUUAAUAUUGUGGUUCUAGUUUGCAUUGCACUGCAUAUUUUACAAUAUUUUGGUCACUUUAUGUACUUACUGUAUAGCUAGAAAAAAAUUGUUAAAAAUGUUAAAAUGGGCAUUAUUAUAUUUGUAGAAUCCAAAUCUUGAAUUGUGUAUUACCUAACAUUGUGACCGAUAUUUUGGACAAAUUUUGAUGGACCCAUUGCUUUGAUUGGCACCAAUAAUACUGACACCGUUCAUAAUAUUUCAUACACUCAAACAGUAUUGAAUCAUUUUUUUAUUAUUAAAAUAUUGUACAUAAAUAUUGAAAUAGAAAGCAUGUAUUUUAGUUUGUUAUGA